AUGUUUUGGCUAGUCACGCUGCUGCUCGGGUACAUCGCUUAUCAGCUGUACAAAUACCACCAGCACCGACAACAGCUGCUCGCGAUCCGCGAUAAGUUUGGCGGGCCCAACUCAGACUACUUUCUGGGCACAUUUUUUAUGUUUAAAAAUAAGAGCAUUCCCGAUAUAUUCGAUAUCGUUGUUGGAUUACACAAACGGUACGGACCGGAUGUGGCCAUCAUAGGUGCCUUCAAUGAUCUGGUGCUUGACCUGUCCACUUCAAAGAACGUGGAGAAGGUGCUGCUCGCCAAGAGCACCAAGAAGUCGUUCGUGUACGACUACCUCGAGCCAUGGCUCGGCACCGGGCUACUGAUCUCGUUCGGCGAGAAGUGGUUCCAGCGCCGGAAGAUAAUCACGCCUGCGUUUCAUUUCAAGAUAUUGGAUCAGUUUAUGGACGUAUUCAACGAGGAGGCCGACAUUCUUGUCUCGAAGCUGGAGAAGCACGUUGGCAAGGGCGAGUUUGAUAUUUAUGACUACGUGACGCUUUACGCACUUGAUAGUAUCUGUGCAACCUCCAUGGGAGUGCGCAUUCACGCACAGGAUGAUCCAAACAACGAGUACGCCCAGGCCGUCAAACAGAUGAGCAUUUUCUUCCUGCGACGCGUGUUCAGCCUGUUGCGCCAGUUUCCGGCACUAUUCUUCCUGUAUCCGUUCGCACGCGAGCAAGGGCGCGUCAUCAAGAAGCUGCACCACUUCACCAACUCCGUGAUCGAGAGCCGCCGCAAGCAGCUGGAACAGGAGCAACGCCUCGGAACGCUGGAGUUCGACGUGAACGAGGACCAGCUGUACUCGAAGCGAAAGAACACCUUCCUCGAUCAGCUGCUCAAGGUGACGAUCGAAGGAAAACCACUGAGCACGGCCGACAUUCGGGAGGAGGUGGACACGUUCAUGUUCGAGGGCCACGACACGACGACGUCCGGCAUUUCGUUUACAAUUCUUCAUCUCGCCAAGCACCAGGACGUCCAGCAGCGUCUGUACGAAGAGAUCGACCGAAUGCUUGGAAGUGAGAAGCAAUCGGUUCCGCUAACGAACGCGAUGCUGCAGGACUUCAAGUACCUGGAUAUGGUAGUGAAGGAGUCACUCCGGCUCGUCCCUCCGGUACCAAUCAUUGGCAGAAAGCUCCUGGAAGACAUGGAGAUAAACGGCGCUACGAUCCCGGCGGGCACGUCGAUUUCAAUCAAAAUCUUCAACAUCCACCGCAACCCCAAGGUCUUCCCCGAGCCGGAGCGGUUCGAUCCGGAGCGCUUUUCGGAGGCGAACGAAAUCAAGCGCGGCCCGUACGACUACAUUCCGUUCAGUGCCGGCUCGCGGAACUGCAUCGGGCAGCGGUACGCGCUGCUGGAGAUGAAGGUUACCAUCGUGAAGCUACUGGCCAGCUACCGAAUCCUGCCCGGGGAGUCUGUCGGGCGUAUCCGAUACAAGACGGAUCUGGUGAUUCGCCCGACGGAGGGUAUUCCGGUGAAGCUGGAGAAAAGAAUUUGA